AUGUGGUGUCGUCUUGAUCGACGGAAGGAUUUUGGGGCUUCUAAGUCACGCACAAUAAAUUGGGCGCGGGUUUUGUCCGCCACCGACGUCACUUGUUUCCAGUUAUACGAGGCCUCCGGUGUUAAAUGGACACCCAGUAUCCUAAUGGGUAUGUACGAGAUAUCUGAAGACAGUCUGUUUAGUUCAACGAUGCAUCACUAUAGUGCAGGCCAACCCGGAGAAGCUUUCUUGGCAUCUCAACAGACAGGGGGGCUCAACCAUGCACCGUUUCGCGAGCACACAGAGCCUUCUGUAUUCUCCGAUACCUAUAAAAUGGACUACAGCUUUGGACAGGAACCUCAGAUUCCCCAAGCGAAUUUCGCCGGCAAUUCGAACUCUGGCUUUUUGUCCAGUUCGUUUGACGGCGUCCAUGCUGAGCAGAUGACUAGCUUUCAUAAAUCCUUUCCGACUACAUUCAGCACACCAUAUGGAACAGGAGUACACCAGGAUUCAUGUAACAAUGCCGUCGUAUCCACUUUUAGUGAUGCUCCACAGUUGCAUACCCUGAGUGUUGGGACGGAAGAACCCCAAAACCAAAAGGUUCCGGAUACAGUUGAAUCGGCGCGGCCUUCCGUCGGGCGUCCUAGAGGUUCUCCCCGCGGACCUCCUCCCAGUACUUACGCUAAACCGGUCGGAAAGUCGUCUCGUCUUACAGCUGUGGAUCGUGCACGGGCAGUCGCGAAGAAACCACAAAAGUCACAACCGGCUGCGCCAUCUGGUGAAAAGACUGACCCAUUUACCCAGUGGUAUCAGAUGAUGUCACAAUACUAUAGUCAAUUUUACCCUGGAUACCAACUACCUCAGCCGCCGGGGGCAUCCAUUAACAAUCAACCUACAGUCACGAAUCACCCUGUUGCCGAAACAACCCCACGUCACCUCAGCCUGAAGGCUGGCGCUGUCCAACCCAGUGGCCCUUCAUACGUACGUCCCGGACCUGCAUCCAUACAACCGACACCAUCGGGAACCACAGUCACUGGUACUUUCGAUUACGCUUCAUACUAUUAUCAGUACUAUUACGGCAUGGCUGCUUCCCAGUUGUGGCCCGGGACUCAGCUCUACACCGGGCUCCAGCCAAGUGGUCGGAAAACCCCGAAGCUGUUCCACACACCACAUAUUCGAGCCUAUCUAGCCACCCCAGGCAUUGUCCUCCAAGCAUACGGUCGUAUUGGGGUUUACUAUCUUUAUGGUACCCAAGAAUAUCAUUUCACCCGUGGCGUUGGCACUCACCCUAGUUCCGUUUUUUACUUUAACCUUCAGGUUUUACCGACUCGGCCUUCUGAUGGCGAACUGGCCCGCAUUGAGAUGCUUGACCUCGGCGAACUGGCCAGUGAGGCUGUUGCAGAGGCAGCCAAACGUUUAUCAGAGGCUGAUCCCUCAAUUACCAACCUCACCCGUCUGAACGACCUUGCUUUAGACCGUGAGGGCGAACAAAUUCGUGACGGCUACAGCAGCGGUGCCUCUGGUGUGGGUUCGUCAGGUCGCUUAUCCAGUCUCCAAGCGGGGGCUGGAGGUGAUGACGGGGAGGCAAUGCGCGCAUGUGCUGCAGUCGCCGUCGCUUGGGAUCGUACCGAACACUUGCUAUAUCCUGGCCCACUAAACAGAUCCAGCACUCUUAAGGCAGACGUGCUCGCUUUUUUGAGAGAAAAGUUAGCCGAAAUGCAAGACAGACUUCCAAUCGAUUGGGAGUCAGCUGGUCUCCUUCUUACAUUUCUUGAGGCAAUGGUGAAAAACAACGGAAAUGUUCAGCCCAGUGAUUUGGUUAACCUGCUGUUGGAAGGUCAUGAACCUCAAACAAGUGAAUUAAGGACACGAGGCGCCACUAACUUCUCUGCGUCAAGCAUGAACAUUGGCGUUUCUCUUCCGUACUCCAGCAAUCGACCCUAUCUAAGUGAAUCCCUAGCUUCCCUAUCGCCUAGUCAACCACCAAGCGGACGUCAAAGCCCUCAAACUUCGGGUGGUAUGCACCAGUUUAAUAUUGUUGGGCAGCACACGGGGAAAGCGGCUUCAGAAACAGGAGGUUUUGUGAACACACAAGCACUACUACGGCGGGCUGCAGCGGUAGCUGGAAACUUGACGUCGAAUCAACACAGCAUCGAAGCUGAAGAUCAGAUCCUUGAUCGUUUCCGUGAGCGAAUUGGUCCUACCGUGUUCGAUAAAGUCAUGGAUCGAUUUUUGUGCCGCGCCAUUCCUGUUGCAGACCCUAUUCUUACAUUGUAUCAACUCACGGCUGGUGAGAUGCCUCAGGCUGUUACCACGACGGCCUAUGGCCGUGGCACGGAUAAUGGCGAAUGGCGCCCACAUUUGGCUAUGAUACUCGCGGCUGAAUCUACACAACCAGAACUUGCACAAAGCGCAUUAGAACGUCUCGGUGACAGUUUGUUGUCCAGGCGCCUGGUUUAUGCAGCACAUUUGUGCUAUCUACUUAUGGGUCCUUUGUGCGAACACAGCAAGACAGGUCAUGGGCAGCCGGUGUACAAACUUCCGGAGAAGAUUUGGCUCCUGGGCAUACCUCCUGGUUCUACGGACAAUUUCGCGGAUUUGUCGGCGUCCAACUCUUUGUCAGCAGCCACCGAAGCGAUUCAACUCACCGAGAUUUACGAGUAUGCAAUGAAGUUGGCCAACAGAAACUAUCGCCUUCCUCAAUUGCUACCUUUCAAGUUGGUUUACGCAACGCGUUUACUUGAUGCUGGCCUCACCGAUAAAGCCAACCGAUAUUUGACCGCAAUUGGCAACGAGUUAUUGCUAGAAGCUGCGGAUGUUGACUUCAGUGAUGGAUCCAGCGUACCACCAGUCUUUUAUAGCUUGGUAGCCAAUUGCCUUCGUCUGGCAGAACCUUUGCAAUAUCAUCCGGAGUUGGAUGGUUUCGAAUUGACUGCAUUUGGAGGUGUUUCACGAAGCCUUGGAACACCGACCGCCGGGCGUGGCAACAUGCGUUUUGGCACUCCACCUACUCCUACUGGGGCCAGUACAAACUGGUUGGAUCGCCUGCGUGAGCUGUACCUGGGAAUGCACAACAGGCUCCGUCGGCCACAUAACGGAUCAACAAAUCUUACUUCGCGUACCCCAACUCAGCUACAGGCAACCACAAUAAAAGAGGAGGUUGCUCCAAUCCAGCAUCCUAUUCACCGGUCUGCAGCUGAAAACCCACAAACCACUAUAGACAACUUCCAUUUUGAUGUACCAGGUGAUCCACAUCUUUACUCUUCAUCUGCGGUUGGUAGCUCAUCAUCUAGUCAUCCAGUUUCUGCCUAUUUGGUUCCGGCACAAACACAUGAACAUCGUCAAGCACACCAACUAGAGUCUUCCAGUCCGCCCUUUAAUCAAUCUCCACCUGCCGUGUCAAGUUUGGAGGUCAGCAGUCAUACCAUUAGUUCUGCAAACUGGCCCCCAACUGCGUAUUCCCAAGCCCCACAAGGACAAAGUCAGGUUGUUCGCGAUACGACGAAAUCGCUGGACCGAGUGGACUCCGGUACCCCAGUGAAUUCGCAACAUAUUCAAAUGCAUUACUCUCCUAACAGCCAUCUUCACCACCAGCCGUAUCAACCAGUGCGGUUACCUGAUGAGGGUUGCACAACACACCACACUAAUCCGAGUUCAACGACACCCGUUUCGUAUUCCCAAAUGAUCGGGGGUGUUACUAGUCAAUCCUCUGUUUACAAUCAUUCCGAUGCAUCCGAUACAUUCGCACCACGCCAGCACCCCACACCACUGUCAGUCGAUCAGCCGAUGCAGAACAGCAUGUUCUUUACUCCAUUCGCUCCUAGUCCCCCACCAAAUACACCUGGAUCAGGGAACACUGCAGCAUUUGAUUACUUUGCUGGAUUGCAGGUCGGAAGCAGAUCGAGGACAGUCUCAGGUGGCUCACAAAGUUCCCAGACAGGAGCACCUUCUCCGCCUGCUCACGGACACCCACAGUCACUUACCAAGGAGAAACCGAGUAACUUCGCAGUAAAUUCGACGCAAAAUGACUCCGUUACAGAAGCCUCUUCGAGGCCUGUUCUUACUUUCAGCACAACUCAUGGGCCGAGUGCUUCACAGGCAUCCAAACCGUCCGUCCCUCCUGUCGUUGUUUGCGAUUCCGCUGUAUCUGGUGAUGAUUUGGACAUUCUCCCAGAAGAGGUGUUUUUUGAUGAAGAGGAGAUUGUCAAAGGAAUAGCUGUGUCGGCUGUUGGGACUGAUAAGUUGACUGGUUCAUCGCACGUGUGCCGCGGACGUGCGCCUCGGUUUAAUGGAAAUAAUUCACCAUUGAGAGCGUGCGGUAGCAAUCCGCCUUGCACGACGUCAACCUUUAAACCUCCAAGCCCGUUUGGGCGUUGUUUGUCUGUAUCAGUAAAACCACGAAUUCCCGGACUUCGACCCUCCCCACUGCCGCCACUCCCUCUACCCGUAUUGAGCAUCGGUGCCGUCCCCUGUGAUCGUUGUGAGUGUUGGCAUUCACUGAUGUCUUGUGAAAAUGACAAGCGGGUUACUCAGACUUCACGAUCUCGAAGUGAUAGUGGAGGCCUGGUGAGCCAACCUCGACGUAAUUCCAGUUCAUUCGACCGGCCGCUGCCCAACGCCAGCCAACAGCUUCAAACGCCCAGGCAUAUUAGCGGAGUCCAACGUGGUCCAAUUAAAGAGGAGCCCCAGAGCACCGAAACAAAGCCUGAGGAUGGAGACCAUUCUGGAAUGAACAACCAGCAGUCCAAAGAAGGGUGGCUGUCGAAUUGGUUCGGUCGUCUCAAACGAAAUGGUUCCAAAAACAUCCAUUUGCCGGAUGAUUCCAAACCGUCGAUUGUUUGGGAUGAUCAGCAAAAGCAGUGGAUCGACACAAGUAAUCCCCAUGGCAGAGAACCGACACCUCCUCCGCCCCCUAUGACUUCAGUAAAUCUUCCGGUAAACCAACAGUCAAUGUUAAAUCAGUCGGCUGCUUCCAGUUCCCUGUCGAAUCCUCCGAUACCUCGUGUGAGCAGUCGUUCACGCUACGUGAAUGUUUUGGCCAACCAAACAAGUGGACCAGCAGCUUCCAAGCUGGAUGGACCACUGCAGCCUCCAUUACCUCCCACUGUGUUCGCGCCUCACUCAGUAUCAGCUCAUCAGGAUCGUGUGCAGCACGAGGACAACCUGAGACCGAACCAUGGUCACCAGUCUUUGGGUAUGGAUCAUGGCUAUCGAACCGGCAACGGGAACGCUAGCUUAGUAGUUCAUAACUAAAACCGAGUCCUGAUGCUCCCUACACAUCUUCACUUGAAGCUUAUUGACUACUGAGCUGGAAAACACCGGAUGCCAGAUUGCUCCAUACUUCCUGCGGCUUCUGAGGCUCUACCGACCAUGUUUACGUGCCUGUUUCUUUUUGUCUUGAAAGUUAAUACUUGACUCUAGCACCGCACCAUCUUUUGUUUAUCUGAGGAGUCGUGGGCUUUCAUCUACGUUGAUUUUGAAGUUUCUUGUUGUGAUCUAUUUUCCAUUAUCGGUAUCUUUGAAUCACAUCCCCGCGCCCCUUCCCAUCAUCAGCUCCGCGAAUAUCUCGGAGUGCGUUGUUUUUUCCAUGCUAUCCUAUUUCCAUAUAAAUUCCGCAUUCAUCAAUAACUAAUGGACUGUUACUGAGUGUACUGUACUUUCAACGGAGCCGCUAUCUGUACCAUUGGUUUGCUCCUGUCCAGCGUAGCCGCCGUCCAUUGUUGCACACUUUACUUCCCUCCUGUGAUGACACAUUUCUAGCGAAAAUCUUGUUCUUAUCUUAGCCGUUUUCGGAUGGUUCAGGGCAUAGCACUGCUACUCUUAGUCUUUUGGGUUCCCGAUAGUCCUACCUUGUGAGGCUCCUUGCAAACCCCUUUCAUUGCUGUCUGUAUCUUGAAUUUAAUGUUUGUUGGUGAGUUAUUUUGCAGAUUUCAGUGUACUUGAUCCAUACAUGAAAUUGUCUACAGU